AUGGUGAUCGAGAAGAAGAAAAUUGAAACGAGUGGCAGUGACCUGAGCAACUGCAGCAGCGGCAGCUCACCGCCGAAGUCUCGACGCAGUCCCUCCGAGUCGAGAGGGUCGCCUCUCUCGCCGAACAACAAGAGCCGCGACACCUCGCUCGACUCGCUGGUGGAGGCGAUGGACAUUAGCUCCUCGUCGACGGCCGAAUCGUCGGAUGGUCUGAGCUCUUCGGCGGUCAACGCAGUGGCGGCGGUGACGGCAACGGCGGUGGCCAAGCCGAUCAUCAAUGGCCACCACUGUCAGAAGCGGCCAAACUCGGAUGAAAAGUCCGAGGAGUCAGAGGACUCUGAUGAGAUGAUUGGCGGCGGCGGCGGUCAUGAUAAAACGACCACUACAACCACCAACAACCACCACCAUCACCACCAUCACCACCACCACCAUCCUCAAGACUCCAUCAAGGUGAAGCGAAACUCGGUGACCAAUGGCCACGAUGAGAAUGGCAUUGCUGAUCUGGCAAGCGGUGGCGGUGGCGUUGGUGGUGGUG